UAGUGAUCCGCGUCAGUUCCACAAAGGCCAUAGUGAUUUGUAAGGAAGAGGGAAUAUACGUUGAAUGUUUGAUCAAAUGUGCCUUCGAUUGAGCCCAAUUAUUCACAAAGUACGAAUUCACAAUUAAAAGAAGGAUUUGUUUAAUUUAUAAGCAAACACAAACGACCCAAACAAAAUGGAAAAAACAGAAGAGAACGAACACAAUGUGUUGCGAGAAGCUUUAAGUGAAGAAGAAUUGAUGCAAAUUCCAGAAGGACUUGCUAAAAAAUUAAACGUUUAUUUCAAUGAAAAAUUCGAACAAUAUAUUACCGCAAAAGCAGUUUUUGAAACUAAUAGAAAAAAUUUCGAUCAAACUUUAGACAAGUUACAAAAAGAUUUGGUAGAGGAAAAAUCAAAUUUUGAAGAAUACAAAGGAAAAUUUGAAUUGGCAGAAAAAUAUACUACUGAGUUACAAAGUAGUUUAGAGCAAGCUAAAAGUGAAAUACAAAAACUACAAGAGACUGUUAAAAGAUUAGAAAAAGAAAAUGCUGACUUACGUAGACACAGAGAUACAGUUGUGGAUGAAAGGGAUGCUCUGCAAUUACAGGUUGAACGAAGAGAUACAGAAAUGGAAAGAAUGCAUACUGAAUUAUCUUCUUUGGGAACUCAAUUGCAAAAUGCUGUUGCUGCAAAAUGUCAAGCACUAACAGAAACAGAGGAAAUUCGCAGUCGCGAUAUGACUCUUGAAUUCAAGGAAAAACGAUUAGAGCAAGAGAGGGCUCUUCUUUCUCAGCAAAUGGCAGGUCUUGAAGAAGAAUUAGCAAAAAGAAUGUCAGAAUUACAAGCAACAAGAGCAGAGGCUUCUUCUCGAGCUCUUUUAACAGAUACCCGUUUGACACAACGCGACGAAGAAUUACGCAUUGCUAACGAGGCUACAGCACAAUUGCGAGAGUCUUACACAUCCCUUCAACGACGUUGCGACGAACUUGCUCAGAAACUAGAAGAACAACGUACACAUGAAAUUUCUAUGCAUGCUUCUUAUCGAGAAGAAAUUGGCGCCCAAACCAGAUUAGCAGAUCUUUAUAAAGGAAUGGCUGAUGAGGCAAACGCAAAAGCUGAGGAAUUUAGUAACGCGGUUAAAGAACUUCAGGAAUUACUAGAACAUGCUACUCAACAAUAUGGAACUCUAGAAACAACGCAUACUCAACUUCAUUUGCAGCAUAAACAAGAGUUAGAAGAGAAGGAGCAAAAGAUAGAUGAACUUUCAAAAGAAUUAAAUCACGCUAAUGAAUUGCUUAAGAAUAUUAAACAAGAAAGAUUAGAUCAAGCUGUUGAACAACUUGCACCUACAGCGGCCAUAGCUAGUCGGGUUCUUAGAAAAGGCUUGAGUCUUACACAGAUUUAUACACAAUUAGUUGAAGUGAUAAACGAAUUAACUUCGGAACGCGAGGAAAACGAACGCCUAAAAUCUCAAAUGGAUGUCAUUUUACGUGAAUUGGAAGAAAAAGCUCCUGUCUUGCAACAACAACGUGAAGAUUAUGAAACUGCAGUGACCAAUAUUGCAACAUUGACAUCAAGAUUAGAUGAACUUUUAGCAGAAAACCAUAAGUUGCAAGAAACGGCAGAUGAAGCAAAUCGCAUUGCUAAACAUCAUACUAAGGAAAAUCUAAGGUUAAAAACGGAAUUGUCCGAUUUAGCUAGACAGGUGUGUUUCCUUCUGAAAGAAGUCCAGGAGAGUAGAAGUGGUUCAGCUGUUAAUACUAGUGAAUUUUCAAAUUCAAUGGACAUGGAUAAUCUCGCUUCAUCCGAAAUUAUUAGUAAAAAGCUUGUCACUUUUAAAGACAUUGAAGAAUUACAAGAAAAUAAUCAAAAGUUAUUGUCAAUAGUUCGUACAUUAUCAUCGAGACAAGAAGAAAUUGAAAGAGCAACAGAUGAAAUAAAUUCUGGUGAAAUGAAAGAGAAAUUAGAUAGGUAUCUUGAGCAACUAGAAGAUAUGCAAGCUGCUCAAGAUAGACAAGCAAAGAUGUUAGAUGGUCUCCUACGACAACGAGAUAUGUAUAAAAAUAUGUAUCAGCAAUGUUUAAAACAGACAAAUGUAUCAGAAAAGAAAGACAUUUCCAUUACUCCAGAAGAAGAAGCCAAGGAAGUUGAUGGAGUGAAAUCUGUUGCAGAUGAAGUGUCUGCAAACACUCAACAUGAUGUUAACAGAGAAAAGGACUUGCAAAAACAAUUAAUAGAAAGUGAAGCUAAAUUAAAGCAAGUUACAGACGAAUAUGACACGUAUCGAAAAGAAAGAACAGCGCAUGAACGUAUGCUAGGUGAGGAAGUGGAAAGACUUAGGAAAGAGGCAGAGGCUAGUUCGGCCCGAUGUUGCAGAUUAAAAGCACAAUUAGAUUCAGCUAAUGAUAGGUUCAAUCUUCUACAAGCAAAUGUUGCUUCUUAUAAGUCUCAAAUAAAAGUCCUUGAAGAAAAAUGCUUUAAUUACAACGUGACCAUUGGCAAACACGAACAGAGUUUAAUGAUUUUAAAGGAUGAAGCUUUAGCAGCUCAAACAAAAUUAUCCCGAGCUGAAGUACAAUUAGAAAACUUACGCCAAGAAAGACAACUUUUACGAGAUUCUGAAGGACGCCUUUUGAAGGAACGUGAAAUAUAUCAGAGAGAACGUCAAACACAAGCCUUAUUACGAGCAGAUGUAGAGUCUAUUAAAGCAAGUUUGGAGCGUGUUCAAGCUGAGGGUCAAUUACGUGCUGAACAACGUUUAGAUGAUGCUACAAGAGAAUGUGCUGCUUUAAGGCGCCGAUUGCAAGAGGAACAGGAUCGAUUCAGAGAAUUAUCUACCCAUUUAGAAAGACAAUUGACUACAACUCAAGAACGAUUGACGGAGGAGCGCAAUAUAACUGAACAAAUUCGCGCAGAGCUUGAGAAUGCUCGUCAAUCUGAUACUCAAAAUACACAGCGCAUAGAAGAACUUAACACUAAAUUAAGACAAGCUGUUACCCAUUCAAUAUCGAAACCUUUCACUGGUGAUGAACAUCUCGUAAAGAGAUUAAAAGAACUUGAGAUGCAACUGGGAACAACACAAGCAGAAGCAAAAUCUUUGUCAGAGCAACUAAAAGCUGCACGGCAGCAAGGUCAACAAUACUGCGAUAUAGCGGAAAGCGCGGAAGCGCAAUUAAGAGAGUUAUCAACGCAACAUAAUAAAUGCAAAGAGGAAUUAGAAACUGCUUUAAAAGAAGCACGUGUAGAAGUAAUGUCACUUCAAAAGAGAAUUCAGGAAUUAGUAGAAGAAUUAGCAAAAGUUUCUAAUGGUCGACAAGAAACUGAUUCAGAAUUAAGAGAAAAAUUAGCUGACGCAGAAAGAAAGCUUGAAGAGUUAGACGAAGUUAAGGGUGAAUUAGAAAUUGUAAAAAGUGAUUUGCAAAGUGCUUCAAUAACGGCCAAAGAAGCCGAAGAGAAGUAUGCUAGAGAAAUGGUAUUGCAUUCAUCAGAUCUACAGAUAUUAGCAAAACUAAAAGAAGAUGCACAAGCGGUAGAACAAAAAGUAGCAAACUUAACUCAAGAAAGAAAUACAGCUGUAGAAGCUUUAGAACUUGAGAGAGUAGCUUGUCGCGAAAGGGAGAAGAAAUUAUUCGACGAAAUUCAGGAAAUGCAACAAAGAAUAGACGAUUUGGAUGCACAAAAUGCUAUUUUACACAAUCAAAUACAAGAAUUAAGUGAUAAAACUGCAAUCAUGCAUAGUCAACAAUCGAAGAUAACUGAACAGGAAAGUCCUGACACUAGUUUAGAAGCUAUGAAUCGUAGUUUCAGCGGACUUGAAGAUGAUUCUAAAUCUGCCGAGCAGUUAUUAAGAGUAAUGAAAUAUUUAAGACGCGAAAAAGACUUAGCUGUAGCGAAAUUCGAUGUUUUAAGAGCGGAGAAUCUUAGAUUGAAAUCACAAGUGGAGGUUAUAGAGAAGAGACUAAAAGAAACAGAAGCUGCUCUUUAUUCAGAAAGAGAGAAGUCAGAGAUCGAUGUAGUAACAACAUCUAAACAUGCGGAGCUAUUACGAAAAGUUGAAACUUUGAAUGCCAUUACAGAUUCUAAUAGAAUUUUAAGAGAGGAAAGGGAUAGUUUAAGUACAAAGGUUUCAGAGCUUACCGCGAAAGUUGCAGCACUUUCCGAGGAAGUGGUACCACUUCGAGACACAUCGCGAGAUCUACAAGCAAAAACUGAAGCUUUAUUACAGGAGAAUACAAGUCUCAAAGGAGAAGCAACUAGAUGGAGACAGAGAGCCAAUGCAUUGGUAGAGAGGGCUAACAAGGCAAGUCCAGAGGACUGGCGCAGACUACAAACCGAACGUGAAAAUCUUAGUAAACUGCUCACAUCUGAACGUGAAACACACGCUAAACGCACAGAAGAGUUGAAUCAACUAAAGACGGAGAAAGCAAAAUUAGAAGAGCAACUAGUACAACUGCAAAAGCAAGUGCAAGCGCAAGGAGAGGAAGUCCAAAAAGUUUCUGAAGAAGCGCGUAAAUUAGGUCAAGAUUUGAACGAAGCUCUCGCGGAUUCUACCUCUAAAGCUAAAGACUUAGCAACAUUGAAAAAGGAACUUAGCGAAAAAGAAGCAGUUUUGAAUGACAUCAAGAAUAAAGAAAUUCAGAUAAGAAAAAUAGCGAAGAAAUACAAGACUCAAUUUGAAGAACUCGCGAAAACGGUCGAGGAAGAAAAGAGUAGAUCUGAGGAGUCUCGAUUAUCUGCUGGUACUUCAGGAAAUGAAGAUACUACUCAUGUGUCCCAGGAACGUGAAGAUCAAUUACGGGAAGAAGGUCGACAAGAAUUGCGUCAGGCUAAUUUAGAAUUAACAUCGAAGAUUGAUGAACUGUCUCGUCAAAUAAUAGUAGUACAAAACGAAGCAGAAACGUUAAAGAAAGAAAUCGACACUAUGAAUAAGACAAGCGUUGAGAAAGAGGAGCGUGCUAAACAGGUAUUAAAAGGUGCAAGAACUAAAAUAAUGCAAUUAAGCGAAUCGAAGAAGAUUUGCGAAAAGGAAUUACUAGACUUAAAAGCAAAGCUCGAAGCGGGUACUGCUGAAUCAGAUACCGCUGAACAUGAUGCUAGACUUGUAGCGCUUAAAUCACAAAUGGAAGGUAGAAUUUCUCGUCUGGAACACGAAAAGGCAGAAAUUCAGGCAGAAAAAGAAACUCUUGUACAAAGAGUCACUCAGUUACAACGGCAGUUGGCUGGUGUUAGUGGCGUUAGUGCUACUACUGAACCACCGACAGCUAAUAUUAAACCAAUGUCCGCUCGCGCUGAAACUCCAUUAGCUAGUAUUCGUCCUAUGAGUGUAGUGGUGCAAUCUAGAACAGCAGCCGUUUUACCUACAACUGCUAGUGCACCAGUAAUGGUUGCGCCUCAUCAGCAACAACAGCCACAACAGCAAGUGGUGCAUACUACCGAAACGAGUUCCCCAACUAGUAGUCUUCCAGAUUUUCAACCUGCUAGCACUAGCAGCAGUUCGUCGCAGACAGCACCGAGUACUUUACGACAACUCGUCGUACAACCACAGUUAAGUGAAUCGGCGGAGUCAACGCAAAGAGAAGAUCCAGAGAGCGCAGAAACGCUCAGUGUACAACAACAGCAAUGUCAGCAACAACAACAGCAACAGCAACAGACUGUGGCAUUAGUCAGUCCAAGAGUGGAACAACAACAGCAACAACAACAAGCCGCAGCUAGCGAUCAACAACAAACUGUAGCUAGCAGUUCUACUCAGUCAGUAAGCACAUCUCAAGCUUCGACAGGGCAUAAACGUCCUAGAGCUCUUGAUUCGACAGCGUCGGGAUCCGGGAUUGUGGAAGGAGUAGAUCAUAGACAGGAGCAAGUACUUAGCCCUAAAGCUAAACGAACUAGACAAGAAAUGCCGUCUACCGCUAGCGCAAGUGCUUCAGAGGUCGAGUACCAGGUACCGACAUCAAGUCAACGGGAUCAAGAUGAGGAAGUAGAAGAAGGAUGCGUUGUUGUAGUAGACUGUGAUGAAGGUGAAGGAGGAGGUAACCAUCAGGCGCAGGAAGAAGAAGAAUUUGACAACGAUCCAUAUGAGGAAAUGGAAGAGGAGGAGGAAAUGCCUUAUGAGGUUGAGGUAGAAGUGGGGAGGGACAACAACGAAGUUGAGAUCAUAAUGGGAGAAGAUUCUACGAGUGUAGAAGUUCCUAGACAAGCUCAGGCAACAGUACCUACGAAUCAACAACAGCAGCAAUCUGAAGCGAUCAGUAGCGCUGGACCAACGGGAGAACCACCUACGUCAUUUGCAACUCGAUCAUCGCGUGGAAUUGCGCCUAUGCCUAGACAACAACAACAACAACAUCUUCUUUUGCCACAACAAGGAUACGAGGAUGGAGGCGACGAUAGUAUAGUACCAAGUACUCCGACUUUAUUCGUACCACGUCGAGGAGAUGGAUUUGGAGAAGCUGUAAGUUCACCUCAAGUUCCACAAGGACGUUUUACUUUUGGAGAUUCGUCAGCACCAACAACAGCAUCAUCAACUCCUUCGUUAUCUACGCCUUCCGGAUCAGCUGCCCGAACGAUAUUUGGAUCAUCCAGUUCCGGUGUAGCACAAGUAGUUCAAGAAAGCAUGGACGACACGCGAAUGGAUCUCGCUCAAUUAGAAGACGGUGGUACCGGUCGUAGUGUACCUACUACACCUUUACAAGUUUCACCAGCAGCUGAUUUACCACCUUCGACAAGCAGUGGACCAUCUGAAGAACAGGAAACACCAGUUUCAGUUACACCGGUAUCAGUAACAGGUACCACUGUCGGUGACACUAGCGAAGAGCCUGCAAUACCCAGUAUUCGUAUACUCGGUGUCGACGAUCAACAACAUAAUCAGACUGAAAUAAACUCAGAAUCUAUCAGCACGACACCAACAGAAGGUAUGAGUUCAGAAAGUGAAAAACGUACAGAGGAGGCUGGACCUUUAGUUUCUGGAGAUGAUGAUGCAGUGGAUACUGGCGAAGGAACUGAAGAACCAGGAAGUGAUAUAGUGGAAGAUGAAGUAGAAGAAAAUCGUGAAGCAGCUAAUGCUGCAGCUGCAGCAAAUGGUACUAGAGGCUCUACGGCAAGGCGGUCAUCAAGAUCACCAUUUAGAGCAUCGCGUGGUAGUCGACCUACACCUAUUGUAUGGGAGAGUCAACCUGGUGGCAGAGGGCAAAGUAUGAUACGCGGUCACGCGGCAAGAGGAGCAAACAGUGAAACAGGAAGAGGACGUGGAACAAGAGGGCGACGAAUGCGUUCCAAAUAUUCGUACGCGCGAUUCUAA